AUGGAAACCCAGUUCGAUGAAGAGAUCAAGCAGUUCUUUCCCUUCCCUCCAUACAAAAUUCAGCUGAACUUCAUGAAAACUCUCUACGAUGUAUUGAAAAAAUCAAACCUCACAUUUGGUGAGGAAGUUCGGUCGGUGUACGAGAUUAUCCAGAAGAACCAGAACCUUCAGAAGAUGGUUGUAGAGGAGGUGGAGACCGGGCUGGAAAUAUUUAACGGUCAGGUAUGUGCAGGGAAUACUCAGGUGUGUGAGGAGGAUGGGGAAUCCCCAGAGGAUCACAUCAUCUCUGAAAUGAAAACCGGUUCUGGGAAGUCGCUCAGUCUGUUGACACCACUCGUUUAUUGGUUGCUAAAACAUAAAUUUGAUUUCUUCCUCUUGAGGGAAGACACGCAUCUGCGAAAGGAAGAACCCGAGUGGGUGAAGGAAUCAGUCACGGAGAACCUCCUGCGGAAGUUCUCUCGAUCCCAAAAGGUGCAGAAGAAGAGGAAGGAGGAAGACCUGACCAUCUUGAAUCGAUACUUCUCCAUCUCUGAUGACAAAAUCACACUGAAGGAAAAUUUAAGAGUGGAAAAAAAACAGCCUCAAGUGGAAGCGCGCAAACCAGAGGAAGACCGCUUCGACACACAGGGAGAGGUGGAUAACUUGAGCGAUUGUUCUGUUGAGGGGCCAUCCAAGAAACAGAUCUUCAUUUGCAGUCGAACGCAGUCGCAACUGAACCAGUAUUUCUCAGAACUGAAGAAAAUUGAAGACAGAGUAGGGAAGGAUCUACCCAUCAAUAUGAUCAUCCUGGGGAGUAGAAAGCAUCUAUGUGUGAAUGAGCCUUUUCUGAAGAAAUACAAAAGUGUGAAUGAACUGAACGACUGUUGCCGCAACAGCGACUGUAGGUACAAGAAAAUAUUUAAGGAAAACAUGCUCCAGAAGAGACAAAGGAGGGAAAAGAAAAAGAACAAAAUAUUUUACGAUUUGUCUUCAUCAAGUGGAAGUACCAGUGAUCGCAGUGACUGCAGCGACCGCAGUGGUAGGUCGACAAAUGCGAGGCACUCGAACAGUGUCGUGGACAACUACAGCCUAGUGUCAAAACUGAUGAACUGCAAAAAUUUAAAAAUAAAUCAGGUGAAGGAUAUAUGCAUGAGUGACAAGAUAGAAGUGUGUCCUUACUACCUUAGCAGAGAAAAUGUAAAAAACGCAGAUAUAGUCCUGCUACCAUAUGUGUGUAUUCUAAAUGAGCAUGUAAGGAGGGGAUUAAAAAUCUCCAUUAAAAAUAACAUCGUCAUUUUUGACGAGGCACAGAACAUUAUAGACAGCAUCAAUGAAUCAAAUUCUGCAACCAUAACUUAUGGAGACAUUCUUUUUUGCAAAUUUAUUUUGGAGGAGUAUGAAAAAAAAUACCAACAAGUUCUAAACAAUAGCAACAUGGUUUCCAUUAAGCAGGUUGUUAUUUAUUGCGAUUUGUUACUAUCCUCUUUCAAAGAUGUUAAAGAGAACCUAGUAAAAGUUACCAACUAUAUUUUGACAUCUCAGUUAGAUGCACUGAACCUGAACCAUAUUUCCAACGUUCUUAAUAACUCUACUUUUUGUAGAAGAAUUAAAAUUUUUGCAGAAUCAUACCUUAGGAAGAACUUCCCUCAGCAUUUUAAAAGCAUCUCGGGGCGUGUCAACACAUCUGCCAUUUACCUCCUCAGCGACUACACAAAUAAAAUGAUUCGCUCCAAUCGGUACGAUUAUGUGUUCUUACAUCGGGGAGGACAAACAGAAGAGGAAGAGCCAUCUAGUCGAGUAGGUCCAAAGGGGGGAUCGAAUAAACGUAGUGCUCUCCCUCCUGAGGGAGAAACACACAUGGAUAGGAAUAAACGGGUUAAGAAGGGGAACGGUGCAAACGUGGAGCAACAUACAGAGGAUGAUAAGGUGAAGUAUCAAAAUGAAAACGAGGAUGACGCGAUUAGUACACUUGUCGAAGACCUAAUCGCGCGAAAGAACCCCCAAAUGUUACAUCGAAUAGAAAUCGUUAGUGUCAGCUCAUGUAGCAAUUUUGUGAAAAUUACCAGCGAAUGUAGUAACGUGAUUCUAAUAGGAGGAACGUUGCAGCCGAUAGAAGAGUUCCUCCUACUCUUCAUGAGUCAAAAAGGGAAGAAAAAAUCUGUAAAAUUGUUCUUAUCGGAUUACAUUUUCAAGGAGAGUAAUGUGUUCUGCAGAAUUAUCAGUACCAACCUAGUGACUAACGAACCAAUUGACAACACGUUUAAGAGUAGAGGUAAAAAGACACAUCUCCUAAACUUAGCAAUUCAGAUUCACCUGCUCACAGUACAUGUUCACUUCGGGAAUAUUGUUUUCUUUUCGUCGUAUAAAUAUUUAAGGGAGUUUUUCACCUUCCUGCAAAAUGAAGGUCAGUACGUCUUAACCGAAAUGAAGAAAAAAAAAAAAAUUUUUUUCGAGGAGAAAAAUGGAGAUAGCGAUGUACUUAGGGAUUACAUGCAAAGCAUCCAACAAAUACGAGAUCAGGGGGAGGAUACUUGUGUAAAAAAUGGUUGUGUCCUUUUUUGUGUAAUGAAUGCAAAGCUCAGUGAAGGGAUUAACUUUUACGACGACUUUUGUCGAAACGUUUUGAUUGUUGGCAUUCCCUUUUUCAAACAUGAAAAGGGGGGCUCUUCUACCUCCACUGCGGAUCUUACCCUGGAUAAGAACUCCCUUCGUUUGGAUUACUACCGAGCCUUCUCCGCUGAUGUGGCACGAGGGGAAGAGGAUGUAGCCCCAUCCUCGUUGCAGUUAGGACACCUAAUCAGCGACAUGUGCAAAACGUACGAACUCAAGUCUGCUAUGAAAAUAGUAAACCAGUGCAUAGGAAGAAGCCUGCGCCACGUGGACGACUACUCCUCCUUCUUCUUCCUAGACUACCGGUUCGCCAACAAGGAAUUUUCAGACCUCCUCCCGUCAUUCAUCGGAGCGCACUUGGCUUCUACAAAGAGUGAUUCCACUUUGCAAGACCAACAAGGAUGUACCUUCUUGGAGGAAAAAACAAAAAUGAAAGAACUUUUCGAAAAUUUUAAGCGCCACUAUUGUAGGGCCUUUCCCGAUAUCCCCUUCGCAGAGCACAAUGAGACCCACUGGGAGAGUUUCGCGCGGGAUGUCUUCCUUCUGCGUAAGUUUCACGCGGGGAGGUAA